CAAGUGUUCCAGUGCGAGGACUUAAUCUUCAACCAACUAAUCUAAUCCAUUUUCGAGCUCAUUCUCUGUCUGCCUGUCUGGAAUCUUCUUCGAUUGUUUCAAAGAGCAAGCAGAUUCACUUCAUUUCUCUUUACCACCAGUUUGCUUCAGAUCUUCUCUCCAAUUUCUGAGAAGUCGUCUUUGGGUAGUGAAUAUUAGUAAUGGAGGAUGUUAAGGAGGAGCCAAGUCAAUCCCAUGGUCAAGAUGAUGAGAAUGAAAUUGUCACUGAAAAUACUGCAUUUGUGCAUGGGGAACCACCUCAAGAUGCUAGUGGACCUCCAAAAGUUGAUUCUGAGGUGGAAAUUUUACAUGAAAAAGUAACAAGGCAAAUCAUUAAGGAAGGGAAUGGUCAGAAGCCAUCAAAGUAUUCAACUUGCUUCUUGCACUACAGGGGAUGGGCUGAAAGCACCCAGCAUAAAUUUGAAGACACAUGGCAUGAACAACAACCACUUGAAAUGGUUUUAGGAAAAGAGAAAAAAGAAAUGACUGGUUUGGCUAUUGGUGUCUCAAGCAUGAAGUCGGGUGAACGUGCGCUGUUACAUGUGGGAUGGGAAUUAGGUUAUGGAAAAGAAGGAAGUUUUUCUUUCCCGAAUGUUCCACCUAUGGCAGACUUAUUAUAUGAGGUUGAGCUUAUUGGUUUUGAUGAAACUAAAGAAGGAAAAGCUCGUGGUGACAUGACUGUAGAGGAAAGGAUUGGUGCAGCUGAUCGAAGAAAGAUGGACGGGAAUGCUUUAUUUAAGGAUGAUAAGCUAGAGGAGGCCAUGCAACAGUAUGAAAUGGCCAUAGCAUAUAUGGGUGAUGACUUUAUGUUCCAGUUAUUUGGGAAGUAUAGAGACAUGGCUUUAGCUGUCAAAAAUCCAUGUCAUCUCAACAUGGCAGCUUGUCUGAUAAAGCUCAAGCGCUAUGAAGAAGCCAUUGGACAGUGCUCCAUGGUAUUGGCAGAAGAUGAAAACAAUGUGAAAGCUAUGUUCAGACGAGGAAAGGCCAGAGCGGAACUUGGGCAAACAGAUGCUGCACGGGAAGACUUUCUAAAGGCUCGCAAAUAUGCACCUCAAGACAAAGCAAUUGCAAGGGAGUUGCGCCUGCUUGCAGAACAUGACAAGGCUAUAUACCAGAAGCAAAAAGAGUUUUAUAAAGGAAUUUUUGGACCAAGACCUGAACCUGAACCCAAGAGAACCAAUUGGCUAAUCCUCUUGUGGCAAUGGCUUGUGUCACUAUUCUAUCGCAUCAUCAGGCGUGAAAGAGUCAAAGCUGAUUAAUUUAAGCUCCGAAUUACCAAAAACGAAUACUUAAAUCUAAGCUGCCAAUUAUUUUGUGAGUUAUUGCAGCUCUAGUUGACUUUCUGCUUUGACAUGUUAGAUGUUUCUGUUGAUGUUGAAUAUGACUCUGCUACAUGUUUCAGUGCUAAUACACGCUUUUCUGAAACUCACCAAUGCAUGCGGAUAUGUGCAUGGAAUAAUCUUCCUUCCUAAUGUUCAAAGAGAUUUAGUUACUUUUUUUGUCAUUCUUCUCAGGGGAGCUGAUAUCUCUGUAAUAGGCAUUUGCAACUGCACUUUUUUUGCAUUGCUGAGUGCAGACUCUUUGUGCCUUGAUCUCUAAAGAAAGCAAUGCAUUGAGGUUUUCAUGAUUGUACACAAAGGCAAAUGACCUGUGAAGGUGAAUUCAGCCAUUGAAUUGAAUUAAA